UGGGUAGUGACCAUACAAAGAAACAAAACAAACAAACAAAAAGCUCUCUGCUUCGAGAAGAAGUCUUCUCUCUCUCUCUCUACUCUCAAAAGAGUCUCUUCACAGACACGCCAGUGUCAAAGUCGGUUUUGGAACGCAACACGACCGCCUGCUUCCUUCAAAGCGCGACAUACGCCGCUUCUUCUUCUUUUAUUUCUCGGCGAAAUGUCUCCUCGCCGAAAGGCGUUACGAUUCGCAUCUCAACUCUCGUGAAGACCCAGAAGCAGAAGACCAAGAAGAAGAAUAGAGACGAAGAGCGGAGGACAGAAGGGAAGAGACGAAGAUGGGAAAAAUGGCUUUCUGCUCUAUGUUUUGUUGUUUAGAUGGGUCGGAUCGGAAGGAGCGAGGGAAAAAGGAGCCAAGUUGGAGGAUAUUUUCUUUGAAGGAAUUGCAUGCUGCUACAAACAAUUUUAACUACGACAACAAGCUGGGAGAAGGGGCUUUUGGCAGCGUUUACUGGGGACAGCUAUGGGACGGAUCACAGAUUGCUGUUAAAAGGUUGAAGGUUUGGAGUGACAAAGCAGAGAUGGAGUUUGCUGUUGAGGUUGAGAUCCUUGCACGAGUCCGGCACAAGAAUCUACUGAGCCUACGUGGCUAUUGUGCUGAAGGGCAAGAACGAUUGAUUGUUUAUGAUUACAUGCCAAAUUUGAGCUUGCUUUCUCAUCUGCAUGGCCAGCACUCAGCGGAAUGCCUUCUUGACUGGAAGCGACGGAUGAAUAUUGCAAUUGGAGCUGCUGAGGGCAUUGCUUAUCUUCACCACCACUCAACACCACAUAUAAUCCACAGAGACAUUAAAGCGAGCAAUGUAUUGCUGGAUUCAGAUUUCAAGGCUCAGGUUGCUGAUUUUGGAUUCGCAAAGCUUGUCCCUGAUGGUGCAACACAUGUAACAACCAGAGUUAAGGGUACCCUUGGCUACCUUGCCCCUGAAUAUGCUAUGUUGGGAAAGGCAUCAGAGAGUUGUGAUGUCUACAGCUUUGGCAUUCUUUUGUUAGAACUUGCCAGUGGCAAGAGGCCCAUUGAGAAACUCAGCACAACAAUCAAACGCACAAUCGCCGAUUGGGCCAUGCCAUUAGCCUACGAGAGUAAGUUUGAUGAACUAGCAGACCCAAAGCUGAAUGGGAAGUUUGUGGAAGCAGAGCUCAAAAGAGUGGCCUUUGUUGCACUUGCAUGUGCACAGAAUCAACCUGAGAAGAGACCCACGAUGCUUGAUGCUGUUGAGCUGCUGAAGGGUGAAUCAGAAGAGAAGUUAUCUGCUAUACAAAAUGAACUGUUCAAGGUUCAACAUUCAGCAGAAAACAAAGAUGGAAUUUCAAGCCUGGAAGAGAGCUCAGACUUCAUUGAGUAGUCCAUGCAACUUCUGAAGCUACAGGGCGCAAGAAUACUGGGUAUAGUGUUUCAAAUUGCAAGUUUUUACUGUUUUGGUAAAUUAAAGGAAUGGCUAGGAAUGGUGGUUUGUAAGCAAAGAUUGUGAAUGGUAAUGUGGGGAUCUAUAUCAACGAGUGAUUUGUAUAUUUUUUUUUCGGAGUUUAUUUGACUGAACUUAAUUUGGUGCAUCAAUCAGUUAUGGAGGGGUUGGUACAUUGUGUUUCAGAAUGAUAAAAACCAUCUUCAUGAACCAA